AUGACAAGUUCAAGUAAUAUUGUGAAGACAAUUAAUCCAAUUACUGAUGAUUUUUUUCUAUGUCGUUCUUUUGCAAAAGCAAUUUCAUCUGAUAAACUUCUUCAAAUUAUCGAACAACAACCAGCACCAAUAAUUGAAGUAGAUAUUUCGCCAAAUGAAGUAGAAGAGAAUUCUUCAAUACCUUCAGAAAAUCUUACAUGGAAAGUUGGAGAUUUAUGUUUAUGUCCAUAUACUGAAGAUGGACUUUUGUAUAAAGCAACAAUUAUUAAUAUUGACUCUUCGUCAUGUACGGUUUUAUUUGAUGAUUAUGGAAAUGAAGAAAGUCAUCUAUUAACAGAUUUACAAGUACGAACAGAAGAUGAACAACAACAAGAAUCUGUAUUAAUCGAUGAUGAACAAGAAACACUAACUUCAGUUCCACAACCACCUGCGCCACUUCUUCCUCCUUUUCCAGAAUUAAAUUCAAAUGAUAACAAUGAUACACUCUCUUCAACAUUAAUGUCAUGGUAUUUAGCUGGUUAUCAUACAGGAUUUUAUCAAGGAAUAAAAGAUAAAAAAUAG